GAAAAAAUUAAUUGCAUAAUAGAUUUGCAUUCAAUUUAUAGUCAAUUGUAUUCAAUGUUUACACAAUUAAAGAUGAGAAGUAGUUUUGCGGACACUUUGGCCUCACAUAUGGUUUAAUUGUAUUGUAAUUAACGGAUGAAUCGAUUGGACAACUGAUGGCGAAUGGCAUUCAAACGGAUAGCGAUGUCUCAUGUCGUCAGUUGUUUCCUCCAAGAGUUGGUCACCGAUUGAAGUGAAGUCAAAGACAAUGAGAUCUGCAAUCGUAUCGAUUUAAUCACAUUUAAAGACAUAAACCAAAUAUAACACAAAUAACAGUAGUAUUUGUGACUCAAACCAUUGGCACAAUUAUUGACAGCAUAUACUCUAACGAUUGAAUUGGAUUUCUAUUGAAACAAUCGGUGAAAAACUUGUGAUAAACUAAUUGUCAAACAAAUCAGUCAUUUAAUGGCGUUAACAGCGAGACAGGUGUUGACACUAUUGGGCAGUUGUCUCCUUCAUCUGAUGGUUGGCUCUUGGAAUACGUUUGGAAACCUAAACACUUAUCUGACAUCAUAUUUACGACAAAACGGCUCAAAAGAGGCCAACUAUGGCCAGAGUGUAUGGUAUACACCGGUCGCUGUGACCGCCUUCACGUCGUUUACCAUAAUUAGCGGUUUAAUUGUCAACAGAAUCGGCACAAGAAUCACAUGUCUGUUGGCUUCACUAAUCUAUUGUGGUUCAGUAGCGCUGACAUCGAUUACUGUGAAGAAGUCAUUUCUAAUGGUUUUGAUGAGCUAUGGAUUUAUGCCAAAUAUGGCCAACGGAUUGCUGUACUCAUCAGUGAUUGUCAAUUGCAUCAAAUGGUUCCCCAAUAAUAAAGGUCUGGUGACAGGCAUUUGCCUAACAUUUGACUACAAAGACUCGCAUCCAAUGCAAUUGGUUGAAACCGAUGCCAACGAUAACCCUAUGAGUACAUCGAUGGUUAAUACGGCGAUUGUUUCCGAAGACAAUGAGGUUCUUGUGGUGACACCGUCUACUUCGCCACACCAUUACUCUGUCGGACAAAAUCAUUAUACUAUUCGGCGCGCUAUAAGAACCCGAUUCUUCUGGAUGUUAUGCUAUAUCAAUGACGACCACUAUUUAGCGGUUGUCCUCUCACUCUCCUAUAUUAUCAAUGGAAUCGGAGGUGUCUUUUGGGGCAAAGUGUUGGAUGUCUUGAAAUUCAGAGAUACAAUUAUAGCGAUUAACUCGAUUACAGCGAUUUGUACUUUUUCGCUCAUAAUAUCGAGUUAUGUGUACCAAAAAUUACUGUUUGUAAUUUGGGAUUUUGUCCUCUUCUUCACAAUGGUUGGCGUUUUUGCCGCGUAUUUGCCAGAAGUCGUCCGUAAGUUUGGCGACAGGAAUGCUAUCGCUAUCUAUGGGAUCGUACACACAGGCCCUGUAUUCGUGAGUUUAGCUCUGAGUCCAGUCCUAGAAUUAUGUCUUAACAGUUUUGGUUGGUUUCCAACCUUCUGUACUGUCGGCGCGUUUAAUACCUUAGGUAUGAUUAUUAUAAUGGUUUCGUAUUCGCGACUAAAAUAAUAUUUAAAGCGAUUAUAUGCCAAAAGAAUUCAAUAACCCGUUGAUUAACAUAUAUUUUUGCAUAUUAUAUACUCUAUAUUUAUAUUAAGUUAUGUUUUUAU